AAGGGGAGGAUGUGACAUCUCCAGUGAGCCAUCACCAAGCCAGCAGCUGCUAUCAGAUAAGCCAGGUGUGUGUCUGGGUGGGAAGGGAGCAUGGCUGGCAAGGACAGCAUUGAGAUGCCUUUCGUGUGCAUCAGUCCUGCCUGAGGUGAAGAUGAUGGAUGGUGUUUGGAUGUCCCUUGUUCACAUCUAACUUGUCUCAGCAGAUGACAGGGGCUGUCAACUCAAGAGGCUGCUCUGACUUGUCCUGACCCACAUGGGGCCUCAGUACAUUAAGCCACUCCUUGGCCUCACCCCUGUGAACAUCCCUUCUUCCCAGCCUGCAGGUGGAUUUUACUCCCACUCAAGCAGGGAGGUGCCGUAUCUCUCAUCACCUCAUCCUCUCGAGGUGGGGAGACUUGUUUUUCUUUCCCUGCUUGAGACGAUACUCACCGGGGUUGAUGAAACACCUCAUCUAGCUGAUGCCUCAAAACCUUACGUGAAAUGGAUGAAACUCGUGAUGGAGAAGGUGAGGUUUUUCCCAAUAUAAGCGCAGAUAUCUCUUCUGCUGGCCCUGUGCCCGUUCCAUUCUCCAGUGUCAACUGGUCUGGUUCCAGCCAGCCUGUCGAGGCCAAAACAAAGGCCCAGGGUAUGAGUCACCAAUCAGACGUCCUGCCCUGUGACCAGCUGAGGGACCAGGUCAUCGGAAACCAGAGCAGCCACACCCAGCUGAUGGAGACGCUGCUGCACCUGCGGCAGACCGUAGACGAUUGUAUCACACAGCUGACGACCAGGCCCCCACAGCUGGACCUGCCGCUGGAGGAGCAGAGGCACAAUCAGGCCACCGGCGAGCAGGAAGCCUUCCUGCGCCGGGUGGUCAACCUCCUCCAGUCUGGGGCCAUGUGGGGCCUGGGGCUCCAAGCGCCUCGCCCUACCCUGGGCCCUAGGGAUGAUGCUGGAGGCGGGCAGCAGGCACAGCUGUCCAGGCAGCUUGACCAGCUAGUUCACCAACUGAGUCAUCUGGAAGUUGCAUUUGUCAGCCAUGACCUGUCCAACCGUGGGAUUGACAUCUCUGCCUUCGAGCGCUCCAAAUUCCAGGACUUCAAGACCUACCAAGGAGACAAAUACCAUGAGGACAAGAACACCAUGGGCUUCAUCAACCUCGGUGUCAGUGAGAACAAGCUGUGCACUGAUCUGAUGACCGAAAGGUUGAGUCGGAGUGACAUGAACCACCUUGAGGAUGCCCUGCUGCAAUAUUCUGACCAGAGAGGGCAACCAUUCCUGCGGGAAGAAGUGGCCCGCUUCUUGACCUACUAUUGCAAGUCACCUGCCCGCCUUGAUCCGGAAAACGUGGUUGUUCUAAGUGGCUGCUGCUCUGUCUUCUCCGCGCUGGCCACGGUUCUGUGUGAUCCAGGUGAGGCCUUGCUGACCCCCACCCCCUUCUUUGGUGGCCUCGUCAUGGGUUCGUACCUGUAUUCGAAAGUUGAGCUGAUGCCUGUCCACCUGGACAGUGAGAUCACUGAUGGGAGCGCCCGUCCAUUCCAGCUCACUGUGGACAAGUUGGAGCAGGCCCUGCUUGAGGCCACGCUUAAGGGGAAAAAGGUCAGAGGCCUUUUGCUAAUCAAUCCUCAGAAUCCCCUGGGAGAUGUCUACUCUAGAGACUCACUGGAGGAAUACCUGGAAUUUGCCAAGAGGUACAACCUACAUGUGAUCAUAGAUGAGCUGUACAUGCUGUCUGUGUUUGAUGACUCCGUCACCUUCCGCAGUGUUCUGAGCAUGGAAAGUUUGCCUGACCCCAACAGAACCCACAUGAUCUGGGGCACCAGUAAGGAUUUUGGCAUCUCUGGCUUCCGCUUUGGUGCUCUGUACACCCACAACAAGGAGGUGGCCUCCGCUGUGAGCUCUUUUGGCUUCCUCAAUGGCAUCUCUGGGAUCACCCAGUACAAGCUGUGUCGGCUGCUCCAGGACAGAGAAUGGAUUGACAAAGUGUACCUGCCCACUAAUCACUCUCGGCUGAAGGCAGCUCACAGGUACAUCACCAACAAGUUGAAGGCGUUGAAGAUCCCCUUUCUCAAUCGUGGUUCGGGCCUCUAUGUCUGGAUGAACUUGAAAGAGUACCUGCAACCAUGUACCUUUGAGGAAGAGCUGCUCCUCCAUCACCGUUUCUUGGGCAACAAGCUGAUACUGUCCCCUGGCAAGACCUACAUGUGUAAGGAGCCUGGCUGGUUCCGCCUCAUCUUUUCGGAUAAGCCCCUCCCGUUAAAACUUGCCAUGCAUCGGUUCUAUGAGGUGCUCGCGGAGCAGAAGCGGGAUCUGAGAGUGAAGCAACUGGAGGAUCCACAGAAGGAGUAAUCCGUCUGCCUCCCAACCAGCGGCUCCGCCAGUCACGUGCUCAGGGAGUCCCACAUGCUCAGUCCCUGGUCCAGAAGGCUGGCGUGUUGGCUUGAUGCUGUGACUGAACAGUGGCUUCCUCCAGGAAUGGGCUCGUGAGACCCAGUCAUCAACGUCCUUAAGCUGAGCAUCUGUCAUUUUUGGAAGCUUUGCAUCUUUUUAGUCUUUGGUAGCCAUUGUGUCUUUGCAAAAUGUUUUUAUGGGUGUGGAGGUCGGAAAGCCUAGAAAGGCAUAAAGGGAGCUCUCUGGCUCCCUAUUUAGAUGGGCUUAUUUUUUGUAUUCCAUAUCUAAUGAAUUCCAUAUUCUUUUAAAUUCUAGAUCUGUUUUAUUUUUUGCUCACAUUCUUCGAUUUUUUUCUUCCUUUUAAAUUCUAUGGCAGGUUAUAUGUGCAGAAUACUGUCUGGGGCAGGUCAGAAAGGCAGGCAAAAAGUGAUCCCUAAUGAAUGGAGCACUUGCCAGGUGUUGGAGGCAGCGUCCUGUAGGAUCCUUACAUGUCACACCCACCUUACACAGGAGUGGCUAAGUGGCAGGGUGGGGGGGUACAAUUCCAAAUGUUCCUGCUUCCAAAUACAAGUUCUUUCCCUUCUUGCCUCUCCAAAAGGCUUUUCAAAGGAAAGCCGAGCUUAAGGAAGCUGAUUCUUUUAUAACGAGCAGUAGGUCUGCCUGAAAUUUGGUCUGGAGGGAGAUGUUAUCUUUAUUUUACUGAGUAGUAAACAAACCUACCCUUUGCUCUGGAGGGAGACACUCACUUAUCAUCUAUGUAUCUCCUUGAAGAUAGCCUGGAACGGAGCAGUCAGUGUCCCUGCUUGCCAGAAAGGCAGAAACGCGAGGCCCCGGGAAGAUGCAUCUCCUGCCAGCAUCUUGUGUCCCUGCUAAACUCACUUUAUUAGCCCUAGUCGUUUGGGGGGGAUUUUUUUGAAUUUUCAAUGUAUGCAAUCAUGUUGCUUGUGAAUAAAGAUGAUUUUCCUUCUUCCUUUUGAA